AUGAUAUAAAGGGAAAAGUGUGGUCUGGCACAUAAUUUUUUAGACUAACUUUUUUUAAUACAUUUAUAAUAAUAUUGUUUUUUUAAAAACUUAAAUGUACGAAAAGACUGUUUUCACUACUUCUUAUAUAUAUAUAUAGUAUAUGUGGGGUUGGAAAGAAACUCUACUUAUUAACCCCUUUUUAUCUUGAAAUAUAAUAAUUGUUAAAGAAAAUAAUUAAUUUGUGUUAUUUAAAAUAUAAUUUAACUUAGCAUAAAAAAAGUAAAUUAAAUUAAAAUAUGGGAUUAAUUUUUUGCAAAAAAAGGAGUACUAAAAUAAAAAAAUAAUUAAAUAUUUCAAAUAAAGUUGUUUGUAUAAAGUCAGAUGAAGCGUUAACUGUUAAUUUAAACUAGAAAAAUUAGAUCACUGAUAUUGAAAUAUCUUAGAUUGGCCAAGAAAUGUUAAAUCAUUAAAACCUUAUCAUUUUUAAACUUAUUUUAGAAAAAUCUUAGCUUAAUGACCAAGGCUUAAUUAACCUAACUAAAAUUUUAUUUAAAUGUAAAAAAUUAAUUGGCUUAGAAUUAAAUUUAGGGUAAUUUGCUGGAUCUAAUUUUUAUUAACACAAAUUUGUGUUUAGAAUGA